GCGAGAAUGCCGCACGCGUGAGCGUGUGUGUGCGUGUGCGCAUGUGUGCACGUAAGAUAUUCGAGAUUGUUCGCCUUAUGCACUUCAUUAAAGUUCCCCAACGAUAAAUGUUACGAAUCUCGAAAUGAACGAUUAAGAUAUUCCUCGAACGUAACUGCGCAUUAGCAAAUUCACGUUCCUCCCACGAUUACAUUAAAAGGUGGUAAUUACUUUUUAAAAGCUUCGUGUUCCAAAGACUAUGAGAAACAGUUCGGUAGUCAUGUUCAGGAUUUAAAUGAAUCCGCGUAUCGAGACAUAUUGAGGAACGUUCGACCAGUUUUUUACAGGAUAAUUAAACGCAGAUUAUUCUAAGAACGUUUCGUGGAUCGUUUCCGCGUUUUAUUUCCGUGCAUGAUCGUUUCAGUAUCCAAUUUGAAGGACACGGUAGAAAUGGUUACAAUGGCAGAGAUUCGUGUCUCUAGUAUUGUUUAAGUUUGUGAAACUGUGCGAGAAAACAGACACUUAUUUGUUAAGAAUAUUGUAACGCGCGUAAAAGAGUUCGAUCAUUUUUGAAACGUUUCACGUGAAAAUCUUUUCCUUGUAUACCAGCCACUGUUUGUACAGAGAGGGACGCGUUUUCUCUCCGCUCAUACUCAUUCCCGAAUCAACAUCGACGUUUUUGUGUUUUUUUACGCUGAUUUACUUUGUUUAUUAUGAAUUCAAUGGAUUUUUUCGUCCAUUGACUUAACGACGGAUUCGAUAAUAUAGGUAAACAAACUUCUGCUAUUUUUUCCCUCAGUAUUUUUCUUACGUAGACGUUAUAACCUUUGAUUUUCUUUGUGCCCGUUUCUGAUUUCUAUCUUUACUUACAAUGUCAAAAUCAUCGACACGUUCAAUAUAUUAUUCGAGAAUUGUUAGUCUCUCGUGCAACGUGACUAUGGCUGUAAUUUUAAGUGUCUGAAUAAAAAUCGAUGCCACGAUGUAAUACAAUGUAUAAUUUAGCUAUGUGUCCAUUCUCAUUUCCUGUCUUCGUGUUUGAUAUGACCAUUGCCGUGGUGCUGUGAUAAAGAGGUUGCUACUAGGGGAGUUAUUGUCAUGGAUUUUCCUCAGUUAUAUACAAUUGAACGACUUACAAGUGAUACGAUAGAAACCAAGUGAUCGUGGUAAUCGGACAUAAAAAGUGUGUGUUGCCCUAGCAGGUACUUUGUAGUGGAGCCAUCGGGCUAUGGCCAACCUGAACUUUGAGCAGCCACCACGCAGUAUUGCGAACGCAAGCCUUACAUCGCGCACGGGUGGUGGGGGGGGCUUAAAUUCGUCGACCCUUAUGGGUCAUGUUACACCUACCUCGGGCAUGUUCUCAGGCUCAUCCGCAAGCACUUCCAGUUCAGCUAAUUCUGCGGUAGUAGUUACUAACGUAUACCCUGGAGCAUCGGGAGCAGGAGGUGGACAGAACAGUCAUCAACCUCAACAACAACAGCUCUCCCCUAUGGGCAGCAGAGGACUGUUCGGACAGAGGGCUUUUACAGAUAGACGUACGAUGCCUGCUCUUGGAACCUCGAAUCCAAUGGGUAGCAUGGGCACUUUUGGAAUACCUCAAAGUCGUAAUUACGGAUCUCAAAUCAAUAACUUUCACUCUGUUUUUGGCAGUGGAGGAGGUGGAGACACAAGUACUCCUCCAUUGUUGGAUUUGUCUGAAUUUCCUUCGUUGACAAACAGGGGACAAGGUGAUUCUAUGCCACAACCUAGUCCUAUGCCUGGGAAGCAACCGUACGUUGGAAUGGUAAAACAGCCAACGUCUGAAUCGAGUGAAUUCACAAUGAGUUCUGAAGACUUCCCGGCAUUACCAGGAACGCAAAACAGAGAAGGCCCGUCACCGGGCGGCAGUGUUUCUGGAGACAAAAAUAUACCUGUUGGUCUCGGUCCUGAAAUCGGACAAGACGUGUUACAGGCGAACAGAGCGCCUGGAUCUGAGAAGUCUCAGUCAUCGAAAAAGGGCAUACAAACAUCUCCUGAUGGCAAGGUGACUAAUAUACCAGCUAGUAUGGUAAAGGAUCAGUUUGGAAUAGUCGGGCUACUGACAUUUAUUAGGGCAGCUGAAACAGAUCCGAAUCUAGUGUCUCUGGCGUUAGGUCAAGAUUUGACUGCUUUAGGAUUAAACCUUAAUUCGCCGGAAAGUCUUUAUCAAAAUUUCGGCGGGCCCUGGGCAGAAACUCCAUGCCGACCUCAAGAUAUCGAUUUUCACGUACCGCCGGAGUACCUUAUCAAUGCUACAAUCAGAGACAAGUUAGCGCCGGUUAAAUUAAAUCGAUACAAGGAUGAUCUACUAUUUUAUAUGUUUUAUACAAAUGUUGGAGAUGUAUUGCAGUUAGCGGCGGCAGCGGAGUUGUACAGUAGAGAAUGGCGAUAUCACACGGAGGAGAAAGUUUGGAUAACGCAAGCGCCAGGAUUGGGACUUGUAGAAAAAACAUCAACAUACGAACGUGGUACUUAUUAUUAUUUCGAUGCGCAAAGUUGGAGAAAAGUAGCAAAAGAAUUUCAUUUGGAUUAUACGAAACUAGAAAUUAACGCCGUAGAUUACAACAUUACGUUGUCUGACGAUGGCCCUGUCGUAUUAGGCGGAACUAUUACGUUUAAAGCUGAUUUGUUUCCGUCUGUAAAGAACUCGACAGAGUCAUAUAAAUACUGGUGGAGUGAUAACUCAUUAAAGCCUCACAUAUACGAGACUGAACCCACAUUCAACACAACAACUUACUGGAGUUUGAACAUUUCGCCUGAAAAUUAUACGGUCGGAAUAUAUGAGGUAGAAGUAGUUGUUAGCAAACGUUUAAUGCUUUGGUGGUGGGAAAUUACCAGCAUUCGCACCAAGUUCUAUGUCAAUCAAUUUCUCAAUGGGAAAAUCGUUAUUUCUCAACCCAAUAACACAGCGACGGAUUCUUAUGUUUCUCCAUUAUCGGAAGCAAAUGUGACACUGGAUAUAAGAAAAGGAGACUUGGAUCAUUUAAAGAAAGCAACGUCAUUGUUGACUUAUUGGUUUAUAGAUUGCCAUUAUUUUGGUCAAACGACCGAAUUGUAUCUUCCCUACAAUUUCACAGUUUCUGAUAAGUCCCAUCAAAUAGAUGCAUUAGUAAUUGCUUCAUACAAUCCACCAACAACUAUUGCACCUUGGCCCACUGUUGCACCAAUAAUAACAACUACCUCGCCUAAUGCGACUGUGACGAACGCGACAAUAUCGAAUACUACAGACGAGAUAGUAACUACUACUACGUCUGCUGAGAAUAUAACUGGUCAAACGAUAUUAACAUCUACGGUGGCACCUACGCCUCCAAAUGAUGUAGAAAGUACCAGUAUUUUCAGUGUAAAUAAUAUCUCCUUGCCUUAUGUCUGCUCCAAUUCUUCAAUAAUUCCCCCGGAUCCUAACAAGACGUAUGGGUACUUCUCCAAAAAAAUUGACGUCCGUGCACCUAUAACGAACAUAACGGUGGAGGGUACAAAUUGGAUUCAACCAUGGGCUAUGUUAUCUCUGAACAUAACAUGCAAUGGUACAGGACCUUUCAAUAAGUGCCUUCAUUUCCAUCGAGGAAAUUAUAAUAUUACCGGGAAUGAGACCUGCGAGAGCGCAGUUCGUCUUAAUACUUGUAAUUUCUCCAUCAUGCAUUACUUCUUGGAACCUAGCGUAUACACGAUAUUAAUCAUACUGAACAACGACAUCAGCAAACAAAUCUAUCCUCUGACAAUAAACAUUUAUAAGGUGACUACUAAGCCACAACUGUCGGUGAUUGUAGUGCCUGUUUCUUGCUCGCUUGCCGCUGUCGUACUCAUUAUUUUUGGUAUAGCGUAUUACAUGCAGAGCAGAGCAAGAUUCACAGUCGAGGUCGCCAAUUUCAAUUUCGGUCAAAGUAAUCCAGAGAUGGAAUAUAAAACGUUCAGGGAGCGAUUACGAGACUCGUUUAACAACGCUUUAAGUCCUGGAAGUAAACGGAUAAGUGGUUACAAGCCUCUUAAUUCUAGUUCUCAAAACAUUCAGUCAAAGUAAUGUCAAAAGUUGGAUGUGGGAAAGCAGUUAAAUUAUCAAAAAAUUAAAAAAGUAGAAGAGGAGGAACUGAUAAAAACAAAUUAAAGCUCUUAGAACGAUAUUCUACAAUAUUUUUAAGUACCAAAUAACUUAAUCUGAAAGUUAUCGAUAUUAUAUCACUAAAAACGUGAGUUUUAAUCCAUUCCAAGCAAGACACAAAUUAAAUUACAAUUGUAAAUAGGACAGAAAUGAAAAAUUGUACGUGUAGGCUGUGAGACAGUAUGCGAAGAAACAUUGCUUUUAAUGUUUUGCAAGAGUGGAGUUUUCUUAUUAAUUUUUAAUAGAGUUCUAUUAUACUUUUGGAUCAUGAACACGCACUUACGCACUUCUGAUGCGACUACUCGAA